UUGAGCUUUAUAUAUUUCCACCUGCUUCCACGGUUGUUUAUGGUUUUAUUUUUAUUAAUUGUUUACAAAUAAAUUCACUUCAGUUGCAAUAAUAAAGUUGUUGAUAGUUUUUCUGAGUAAAAUAAAUAUAACUAAAUCAUGAUUGCUGAAUUAAUCGUACUUGUUGGGCUAGCAGCCUUUUUAAUUUACAAAUGGUCUACGUCGACAUUUGAUUUUUUUGAAAAACGCAAUCUUCCCUACAAGAAACCUCUGCCGUUUGUUGGAAACCAAAAGGAUUUCAUAUUCCGAAAAGUGUCAAUGUUCGACAAUGUGAGAAAUCACUACAAUCAAUUCGAUACCAAAAUAUUUGGUCUUUUCGAUCUGCGCUCUCCGGCUUAUGCCAUUCGUGAUCCGGAACUUCUCAAACGAAUAACCAUCAAAGAAUUUGAUCAUUUCGUAAAUCAUCGCAUAGCCUUCAGAGAUGGCGGCCUCUUGGACAAGGCCGUAAACAAUUUGAGAGAUCAACGGUGGAAGGAUAUGCGAUCGACUCUCAGUCCGGUGUUCACUGGUAGUAAGAUGCGUCAGAUAUUCGUGCUUAUCAACGAAGUCGCUCGAGAGUCUAUGGAGUUUUUGAAAAAGAACCGAGAAGCUAAGAUCGAUUUCAAUAUCAAAGACUAUUUUACCCGGUUUACAAACGAUGUCAUUGCCUCGGCGGUUUUUGGUAUCAAAGUUAACUCCUACAAGGAGGAUACCAAUGAGUUCUAUGUGAUGGGUAGGAGGAUCACACAUUUUAGCAUUUGGCAGAAUAUGAUAUUUUUUGUGGCUCACAAUCUUAAACCAAUUAUGAGGUUUUUCAAAAUUCAAUUGUUCGAUAAGAAGGACACCAACUACUUUUUGUAUCUUGUUAUGGAUGCGAUGCGUUAUCGUCAGAAGAAUAAAAUCUUCCGUCCUGAUAUGGUGAACAUGAUGAUGGAAGCCAGGGGUCUGUUUGUAAAUGAGGACAAGAAGAGCUCGAAAUCUAACGAAUGGACGGAUGAUGAAAUCGUGGCUCAAUUCUUCAUAUUUUUCUUCGCUGGUUUUGAGCCUACCUCAGUGUUGAUGUGCUUUGCUGCACAUGAGCUUAUGGUGAAUCCCGAUUGUCAGGAGAGACUCCGUGAGGAAAUUCGAGAGGUGAAGGCAUCGUUGGAUGGCAAACCUCUAACCUAUGAAAUUCUACAGGGAAUGAAAUAUAUGGAUAUGGUUAUUUCUGAGACGCUCCGCAGAUGGCCUCCAGCUACCGUAACCGACCGCCAAUGCAAUAAGGACUUUCACUAUAAGGACGACGAUGUUGAUGUUACCAUCAAAGCUGGUGAUUAUAUUUGGAUCCCUAUUGCUGGUUAUCAUAUGGACGAAAAAUAUUUCCCAAAUCCAACGAAAUUCGAUCCUGAACGGUUUAGCGACGAAAAUAAGGGAAACAUUCAGCCUUGCACGUAUGUACCAUUUGGCAUUGGACCCAGAAUUUGUAUUGCCAAUAGAUUUGCUCUGUUAGAAGCGAAAUCUAUUUUAUUCUAUCUGCUAAGUGAAUUUGAGAUCCAACCUUCGCAUAAAUCAUCAAUUCCAAUGGAACUUACUCCUGGAGGUAUCAAUUUGGGACCGAAAAACGGAUUUUGGAUGAAACUGGUGCAACUUUCAAAUGAAUCUUAUUGUGUUUCUUUUCAAUAUUUUGAAUUUUGUGAUUUUAAUUUAAAUUUGAAAAUGCUUUUCGAGUUUUUGGUUCUUUUGGGCUUAACUCUGUUUCUCUUGUACAAAUGGUUAACUGCAUACCAUGGAUUCUUUGAAAAGAUCGGGAUUCCUUAUGCUAAACCAUUUCCUCCAUUUGGAUGUUUAAAUAAUGUUGUUUUUCGUAAAAUUUCUAUGUUCGAUUGUGUAAAUAAUCUUUAUAAGAAAUUUAACACAAGCAUAUUUGGAAUUUUUGAACAUCGCUAUCCAGUUUUUGUCAUCCGUGACCCAGCUCUGCUGAAAAGCAUUACCGUAAAAGACUUUGAUCAUUUCAAAAAUCACCGACCGACUUUCGAACCGGAAGAUGGUGGCCUUUUUGGCGAUUCCUUGUUUUUUAUGCGAAAUGACAGAUGGAAAGAUAUGCGCUCAACUUUAACACCAAUAUUUACCGGGAGUAAAAUGCGUCAAAUGUUUGUCCUUAUCAAUGAAGUCGCAAAGGAAUCAAUUGAUUUCUUGAAAUUAAAAUGUGAACGCCCAAAGGAAAUCGAUUUUGAUAUCAAAGAUUUUUUCACAAAAUUCACUAACGACACAAUUGCUUCAGCAGUUUUCGGCUUGAAAGUAAAUUCUUUUAAGGAAGAACAAAAUGAGUUUUAUCAGAUGGGGAAAAGAGUGACAGUAUUCACAGCCUUGCAGAAUAUUAAGUUUUUCUUAUCUUUCACCUUCAAACCCAUCAUGCGUUUUUUGAAAAUCGAACUGUUUGACAGAAAUGAUUCGGAUUAUUUUGUGCGUCUUGUGCUGGAUGCAAUGAAAUACAGGGAACAGAACAAAAUAAUGCGACCCGAUAUGGUCAACAUGAUGAUGGAGGCAAAUGGUAUCUUCAUUGACAAGAAUAAGGAUGAUGAAGCUGAACAUAAGCCAACAACAAACAGAAAGUGGAGUGAUUAUGAAAUUGUGGCACAGUUUUUCUUGUUUUUCUUUGCCGGGUUUGAGUCAACUUCAAAUUUGAUGGCAUUUGCUGUCACUGAACUUAUGAAAAAUCCCGACUGCCAAGAGAAACUUCGUCAAGAAGUCCUUGAUGUGAUAGAAGCUCUCGACGGAGAGCCUCUCACUUACGAAGCUCUUCAUGGGAUGAAGUACAUGGAUAUGGUGAUAUCUGAAACACUUCGAAGAUGGCCUUUAGUGGAAAGUGUGGAUCGGCGUUGCAAUAAGGACUUUUCUUACAAGGACAAUGAUGUGAAUGUAACUAUUAAGGCUGGUGAUGCAAUUUGGAUUCCAAUAGUUGGUUAUCACCUCGAUGAGAACUACUUUCCAGAUCCGUUGAAAUUCGAUCCAGAGAGAUUUAGCGAUGAGAAUAAGUCCAACAUCAAGCCUUUCACCUAUUUGCCAUUCGGAGUUGGACCAAGAAAUUGCAUAGGGAGUAGAUUUGCUUUAAUAGAAGCCAAGGCCAUGUUGUUUUAUAUUUUGAGCCAUUUCCGUAUCGAGAUUUCUCCAAAGACCAUACUACCAACUGAAUUAGUUGCUACCGGUUUAAAUUUGAUGCCGAAGGGUGGAUUCCGGGUUAAACUAGUACCACUUAAUAUGAAUAAUUAUUGAAUUAAAAAAGUGUAUUAA